AUGCCUCCAAAAUCCGCCUCUUCUUCACGGCCCACAAAACGACGCCGCACCAAUGCCCUCGUCAUCGGAGCGCCCUCUGAGGCUGACCUUCCUUCAAGCCAAGUCAACGCUCCUUCCUCGUCGGCGUUCUCCGUUCGAACACUACCGCCACAACGGGGUACCGGUGUGCCAUCCCUGACUACCAUUUGCGCUCGUGUAUUCGUGCAGAACUUCUACAAACUGUCAAAGGAACAGGCUUACUGGGAACCGCGGAAGGGAUGGGACCUCUACAGGAAACAACUCCAGGCGUUUCCGGACGUAAUGAUCCCGAAGAUCUUCAACAUGCUCAGGUCGACAAGCCCUAAUUUACUGUCCCAGGAACUUGUCAAGGACAACUUUCUGCGCGGCGAUUCUGUGUCGCUUUCGAACGAGCUGGGUGGCGAGAGGCCCGUUAACAAGUAUAUAUUCUCCUCCAUCGCGGCGCUAGGAUCGAGUCUGGUACGCCUCGAGCUUGUAGGCUUCGAUAACAUACCCGACCAAACGUUUGGGGCCCUGCUCAAGCGCCUUCCAUCCCUGCAAAACCUGAACUUGCGCGGCUGCACGAAAGUCGGAGCAAAGACUAUGGAUGGCGCCACUCACUGCCCAAGAUUGUCGCAUCUCAACCUCAACUACACUUCCGUCACACCGCUAUCCCUCGCUCCUCUGCUGUUGCUUAUCAAAGACAAGCUUGAAGUGCUCAAGGUCGCAGGAAUUCUGAACUGGGAUAGUCGUUGUCUCUCCCUGCUACCGUCCUCAAGGAGUAAGCUCAUAUAUUUUUGGCUUCCACAGACAGAUGCCACAGUCGCCAAGCUUCUGGCGAGUCUAGAGGGCGAUGGUACUCCAUUGUCCUUCCCGCUCCUGCGCACUCUCAAAUUCCGACAAACAUCACUUACCGACGCAUCCAUAAACACACUCGUACGCAUGUGCCCUGCGUGCAGCAGUAUCAAUCUCGCCUUUACAGGUGUUCGUCGUCCACCAUAUGUGAACGAUCUUCUUUAUGUUCCUCCGCUGGAGAAACUAUCACUCACCUCGACGGCUAUUUCGAUGGACGACCUUCUCCUUGUCGUAUCUCACCUUCCUCGUCUGCGCUCCUUGAGCAUCGAUGCUCUUGGUACGGGAAGCCCGGGAAAGUCUUCUUCGAUGGGCAAUUCAACUGCUAUGACCUUGGAUGACCAAGGUUUACAGGACCUGACGUAUGUUCUUGUAGAGCUCGAAUACCUUGAGAGUAUAAGCUUGGUCGGCAAUGCGAAGUUGGGCAUGACGAGGAGUCGAAAAGAAGGGGCGUUGGAGGAUUUCAUAGGCCGUCGAUUAAACCUCGCGAAUAUAACAAGACUGCAGUCAGCACACCUUGCUGGCCUACUGAUGCCAGCCGAAGAGAAUGCCGAUGUCGAUAUCCAGGAGCCACCCCGACUGCAAGAGUUGAUCCUUAAUAACACCGCCGUUUCAGAUGACGCGACAGAGUAUAUCGCGGCGUGCACUUCGUUGGAGGUUUUAGAGUUGGCCGGCACGAAGUUCACCAACGAAGGCCUGUAUCCCAUCAUCGAUGCGUGUCCAAGACUGGCAAAGUUGGAUCUCACCAGCUGCCGUGGUGUUCCGGACACCAACCAGGUAUGGGAAGAGGAACGUACGAAUAACCCAAUUGGUGGGACAGCGUAA